AACCGACAGAUGGCAGUACUAUUCAGUCUCGCUCUGUCUUUUUCUUCCGAAUCAACAGCUGAUCACGCGACACAUGCCGUAACGUUUGUUUUCGGUUGUAUCACGCUACUGUCGUACCUACCGAUUGUUGUACUUCUUUUGCGUUGCAAAUAUCGACGAUUUUCGUCAUGAGUAAAUCGAAGCACAGGGACCGGGAAAUGAAAGAAAUUUGGAGUCCUUAUGCAAAAGAGUAUGACCCACUGAAGGCAGGCAGUAUCGAUGGAACUGAUACAGAGCCCCACGAUAGGGCAGUUACCAGAGCGAUUAAUUCUCAUUACGAGCCACCACAUGGACUGAAAUCUAAGCCUGAGAGAACUUUGUUUGUGUCCAGAUUUGGACCCAGUGUGGAUAAACAUGAUUUAAAGGAUUUUUUUUCAAAAUUUGGAGAGGUGGUUUCUACACAAGUUAUUUAUGACGUAGUCACUGGACACUCGAUGUGCUAUGGUUUUGUAGAGAUGAGGUCAGAAGACGAUGCUUGGAGGAUAGCAAGGAGAAUGCCAGAUUUGAAUUUGAUGGGACAUAAGAUAUUUGUUGACUUUGAGGUGGGUCGUACUAUGAAGGGCUGGAAACCUAGAAGAUUGGGUGGUGGCUUUGGUGGUAAAAAGGAGUCUGGACAAUUGAGAUUUGGAGGAAAGGACCGUCCGUUCAAAAAGCCAUUUUUGCUGAAUGUGCCACACCACAUGAGAGACUGAAA